AUGUUUCCUUCUACCUUACUUCUCUUCCCUUUGGUCUUACUCACGAAACCUACAACUGCUCAGUCUUUUUCUAUAUCUUCACCAGACACACCUAUACCUAGCAGCGAUGUCACAGUGAUCACCGGCGCUGCCAGUGGAAGUGCUGGCACCUACUCUGCCAGCUUCUCGAGCGGCCUGCCAGGCAUAGUUCUGACCUCGACUGCUUCCGGGCGGCAAAAUGCUACCGCUACAUCUUCGACGACAACCGAAGAUGUCACGGCUAUAGUCGGUCUGCCCCCUUCGACCAAUUCCGCAAACGGUACCGUUUCAGCGACAACUUCAGCUCGUCCUCGGCCAAGUAAUACUCGACCAUGCAACGGACACGUCGAAUUCUGCGAACGGAGAUUUUCCAACGUUUCGAUGGUCGUCGCGCACAAUAGCCCAUUCGUGAAACCACACAAUGCAGCCAGCAACCAAGUCUAUCCAGUGCUUAACCAGCUCAGCGACGGAAUCAGAGGGCUGCAGUUCGAGACCCAUAAACCCAACGCCUCCUCUGGAAUACGUCUCUGCCAUACCUCUUGCAACCUGCUCGACGUGGGCACCCUCGAAUCAUACCUCGCAACGGUCAGAGGCUGGCUCGCCGAACAUCCAUACGAAGUCAUUGCUAUCAUGAUGGGCAACAAUAACGGAGAUGACACCAAGAUACCAGCGACGGACUACGUUGCGCCAUUUCAAGAUUCAGGAAUGAUGGAAUACCUAUGGACCCCACCCUCAGCUACUAUGAACCUGACCGAUUGGCCUACACUAGCUGAGAUGAUUAUCAAAAACAAGCGCGUGGUAGUCAUGCUAGACUACAAUGCAGAUCAAAGCCAAGUUCCAUGGCUCCUCGACGAAUGGAACUACCAAUGGCAAACGCCCUUCUCUCCUACAAAUCCCGCCUUCCCAUGCACCGAGCAGCGACCUCCCAAUCAAGCUGAAGAUGUCUCACGCAACCGCAUGUACUUGAUGAACCACAACCUCAACAUCGAAGUCAGUCUUCCUGGCGUCAGCAGCAUUCUCAUACCAGCGUACUCGCUCCUCGACCAAGUUAACGCUGUCUCUGGCAAUGGCAGUGUUGGGCUCAAUGUGCAGAAUUGCGAGAAGAUGUGGGACAGGCCGCCGAACUGGAUACUCGUUGAUUAUUACAAUUUUGGCAAUUUUAACGGGAGUGUCUUUCAAGUUGCGGCCACGGCGAACAACGUUACAUACAACGAUCAGUCGUGUUGUGGUACUGAAGAUACUAGUGCCGCGCAUGCCCUUAGGAGUCAAGGAUUCUUUGUGACUUCGGUGCUUGUUGGGGCGUUUUUGUUGUGGUGA